GUUUAUUGACUUUUAUGACGUUUGAACUGUGAGUCAAGAUUGACGUUUAUCUUCUCGUUAAAUACAAUUUGAAAAUAUUACGAGCAAAAGUUGAAAUCAUUGUUUAGCUUGUCUUUUUAAUUCAGGUUUGAAGUAUGGAAGAUAAGUCAAGUUUUCCACUUACUGUUACUCCAAAUGCUCCGCCACCAGGUCUAAAUCCCUAUAUGGGACAACCUGAAGGUGGUUAUCCAGGACCACCAAGUGCUUCGAUGGGAUAUCCACCAUCAAGUGGACCAGGUUAUCCUCCAUCAGGUGGACCAGGUUACCCACCAUCAGGUGGACCAGGUUACCCUCCAUCAAGUGGGUAUCCUCCUUCCAGUGGUUACCCUCCCAGCGGCGAUGGGUAUCCAGCUCCAGGAUAUCCUCCAGCUAGUGGCUAUCCCCCUACUGGUGAUGGAUAUCCACCGCCCGGGUAUCCUCAACCAGGAGGUUAUAUUCCUCCUGAAGGCUAUAAUCCUCAAGGUGGCUAUCCGCCUCCAAUGGUAAAUCAGCCAACUGCUGGAGCUGGUUAUCCACCCCCAGCUGGCUAUCCUCAACCAGGAAGUCAAUCUGGUCCUGAUGCUAAUUGGAUGCCCCUGCCGACUGGAGUGCCAGUUUGCCCUCCUGGGUUGGAAUAUCUUACGAUGAUAGACCAGUUAAUCAUACAUCAAAAAGUUGAACUUCUGGAAGCCUUCUUAAACUUUGAAACUAAAAACAAAUAUUCUAUAAAGAACAGCAUGGGACAGAAAGUGUAUACAGCAAAAGAAGACACUGAUUGCUGUACAAGAAAUUGUUUAGGAACUCUACGUCCUUUUGAUAUGAAAAUCAAAGACAACGCUGGAAAUGAAGUCAUUCAUUUGUAUCGUGAAUUCAGAUGUAACUCUUGUCUUUGCCCAUGUUGCCUUCAAAGAAUGGAAGUAAUGUCGCCUCCUGGAACAGUCAUUGGGACAGUUGUGCAAGAGUGGAGUAUCCUUACCCCUAAGUUUAGGGUUGAAAAUGCAGCUGGAGAUACCGUUUUACGCAUUGAGGGACCUAUAUGUACAUUUUCAAUAUGUGGUGAUGUUGAAUUUAAGGUUCUUUCAAGAGAUGGUGAUGUCCAAGUUGGAAAAAUCACAAAACAAUGGGCCGGAUUGCUGAGAGAGGCAUUUACUGAUGCUGAUUACUUUGGAAUAACAUUUCCUCUUGAUUUAGAUGUGACUGUCAAAGCUGUUCUUUUGGGUGCCUGCAUGUUGAUUGAUUUCAUGUUUUUUGAAAAGCAAAGAAAUAAAGAACAGGAUAUGCCUGGCAUGUUAUAACUGAAUGUGAGAUUGUUUCUUCAGCAACAAAAAAAGAAUUCAUUUGCUUUCAAUAUGGUGGAAUAGAUUUUUUUAUGUCUUUCUUUUCAUAUUUCUGAA